UACCAUAUUGCUAUAUAUAUUAUUCGGAAAAGUUGCCAACGGAUAUAUCAGCUGAACGCGCACUGUCAUAAUGAAAGUGGUGCCGAUAAUCCUGCUAAUGACUUUGGGCUUGGUAUCUUCUCAGGUAAUGGUGUGUCCUCCGGACUAUUGCGAGAAACAUCCUUGCUUAAACCAGACAUCCUGCACAGAAAACGAAACGUUGGCACCCACCUUUUGCCGAUGCUGUUUCAAAUGUGUUCCGAUCAUCGGUGAAGGUCACAGAUGUCUGAAAUUAUCCGGAACACCACCUCGUUACAUUUGCGACUACGGAUUGAAGUGUUGUUCCGGCAUAUGCCGUAAACAUUGCCCUCCUGCUCUAUAAUAUGCUAUUAAGUUAAUCCGGCUUGUAACAACUCGUUUGUUUUAGUUUUACCUUUGUCCACAGAAGGUAAACAAAAACUGCAGAAAAGAAAAGAAUUAUUAUCGCUCUAUCUCAAUUUUAAGCAUCUUUUCCGAAAUGUCAAACAUGACUUAUUAAGUACCACGUGGGAUUUCUUCUAUUGCAUGGAGCCGAAUCCUAACCAUUAAAUGUAAAGUCAUUAAAUCGCAUCGAAGCGUUUGAAAUGGGGAUUCUUCCUUGGAUGUUUAAGAUCUCAUACUCUGAACACAUUUCUAAAGAAGUGCUGCGAAGAGUGGGCAUCGAAAAGCAUCACUUGGACACAAUAAACGCCCAGAAAGUAUGGGACACAUUUUAAGAGGACCUACAUCAUUACGAAGUUAAUACUGCGGGACAAAAUGGAGAAACAGGACGAAAACAACACUCAUGGCUCCGGAACAUCAGGCAUUGGAGCGGCGUACCAGACGCGGAAAAAAUACUACGCAGGGCAGAGGACAACACCAUUGCAAAUCAAUUGAUGAGAAUGUGCAAAUAAUCCCCAACUCACAAGAAUUCAUACCUCAGUAAUCUCCUAUAAUAUUGUUGUUCUUAGCGGUAGGGAAACUUUUAUAAAACGCAAAAUACUCGCUGUAACAUCAAUCUAUUUGCAUGAUGUAAUGACAUAUGUACACAAAAAUAAAUCGAAUUUUCAAGUUA